AUGAAUCAUGUCCAUGACCCCAUGCACAAACUCCCUCCGGAAAUCGUAUCUCGCGUUUUCACCGUCUGCAUGCACGCAACCUGGGAGAACCGUCGUCCACACGACGCCCUCCUCAAUCCCGUUCCUCGAGCUACGAUCCCCCCGCUGUUAUUCGGCGCUGUUUGCCAGAGGUGGCGGGAGAUUGCAUGGUCGACACCACAGCUAUGGACGAAGCUCAAUAUUUACCUCGAUCCCAGCAUCUGUGGCUGGCAAACGAAGGUGGCACAAGAGUGGCUUGCGCGCUCUGGCUCUCUCCAUCUCUCCAUUCAUUUGCGUCCCCGGCACGAGCAAGACUUAUCGUACCACACUAAUCUGUUCGCUCCGCUUAUGCGUCUUCUCAGCGAACACUCCCCUCGCUGGAAGCACCUCAAUAUUGCCCUUCCGCACUCUUUUAUGACCCACUUUCGAGGAGACCUGCAGGGAAUCCCUGUGUUACAGACCAUGGUUAUCAACGGCAAAUCCGUAUUCCCGUUGGGAAGUCAGGGUGAAGAAUCCCUCCACUUUGGUCAAGAAGCUUCAUCCCUAGUCUCAGUCGAAAUUUACUCUUAUCGUUUCAGAUCUAUAGGAAUCGGUUGGAAACACGUCACAACGGUCCAUUUAAGCAAACUGUUCGUAGAGGAAUGCCUGGAACUAUUCCAAGUCGCUUCUUCCAUGAGGGAGUGCAACAUCGCCCUCGUCACACAGGCAGAUGACACAGAAUUACCUGUUCAUCAUCAUGUUAUCUCUGACAGUCUUGAGAAUCUUGCGAUCGGUUUUGUGAAUAGUUUGGAUGGGCCAGCACUCAUGAACAACAUAACACUUCCCCGUCUGCAAUCUCUAUCUUACUACGUCUCUGCCAUUGAUUCACUCUCACCCUUCUUUUCACGUUCUUCCUCCACACUCACCCGCCUUCUACUUUCCGAAAAUGACGCAAGCGAGGUGGAGCUUAUACAGCUCUUGUAUUCCACGCCGUUCCUUCAAGCCCUCGACCUUUACCACAUGGACCUCGAAAAUCAGCUCUUGGACCAUCUUGUUUCAACAGCCCUCUCAACCAUUGACCGCGAAGGCAACAAGCAUGGAUUUUUACCCCAUCUUGCAGAAUUAUCCCUUCUUGGUGAGGGCGACUAUUCGCUGGACACACUUCCCAUGAUAUUCGCACAAGGACACCUGUUGCCCAACCAGGCGAUGAGGCCAUGGGAGAAGAUGGAAAUCGCGUUCUUUGUUGAUCCAGAGGAGGAAUAUCUUGGGCAAGACCUUCUCAACAAACUUCUUGAAAUCAUUGACCGUGGAAUCAAACUGCUGCUCUUCAACACAGAGACUGAUAACGACCUCAUCAAGGUCUCUCAACAAUACUAUGAAUCCCUGGAUGCUGAAGAUGGAGAAGAGGCAGAUGACGACGGCGAUAGUGAUGCUGAGGAUGAAAACGUCAAGGAGGAGUAUUCAGAAGGUGAGGACCAGUGA